AUGAGCGCACCAACCAUUCUCACGAUACCCAUCGAACUACGAGAGCUCAUUUACGAGUUUCUCUUUGGUAGCUACACCAUUCGACACGGCUUCAAACACCCAGGCCUUCCCAGCAGCAAAACGGACGCCUCUAAUCGCACAUCACUACUUCUCACUUGUCGCCAGAUCUACACCGAGGCCAGCCGCCAUCUUCCGCUCAACUGCACCCUUCACUUCCGCGGUACUGAGAACUUGCUCGAAACACUCCUCUCGAUCGAUCAGAGUGUACUGACCCGCUUGCGCCACAUUCGGGUUCGCGCGUAUCCAUUCCCCUUGUACACUGGAGAGACUACGCAUUACUAUCCUACCUACUAUGCAGCAAAUGCGCUUAAUCUGCUACCUGGUCUGUGUCUCGACACACUAGUCGUGGAAGACUGCUGGCAUGGCUUUGGCAUGUGCGAUGGCUGGCGAGACGUUACAACUUACUUCGAUAUCGAAAGCCUCCUCAAUAGCGAUGCUUGGAAACAACUUAUCUACAUAACACCUUGUACCGACUUCAUCGCCUCGGGCUACGAUCACCGGCACAAACGGUCAGCCCAGCCCGAAAACUGGGAUGCGCUUAUCAAGGAACGUGAUGGAGUCGAGUACGGCGCCGAGGUCAAGAUGUACAUUGUUCCGUACGACCAACAAGCAGCUACUGGCUGUGAAAAAACCGAGGAUGGACGAGCCAUGCAGCCCUGGGCAGCAAAACCAGGAGAUAAAGUCAACGAGGACUGGCGGAUCGCAGGACCAGAGCAAGAUAUGAAGGGCGAGGUCAGGAUCCUGGCGAAGCGAGGUAAACGGGCAAGAGUAGUACAGUUGGGUCUCAGCGAAAAAAGAACUUGGAAAGAAAUCAAGGGGACAGCUGUUGGUGGCUUUGCCCCCGAAGCACUUGUUGCUGUUGGCUUUGGGUUCUCACUUGCCCAGCAGUAUCCGCUUCCUGUUACCUAUGACACCACUCUCAAAUCACCCGUGGACCCUAGCAUCACCAUCUCCUUCAAGCAGCCUGAAUCCGACAUAUGCUCUACAACCGCUGAAAUGCAGAAGCAGUACUCGGGCUAUGUCAAUCUUCCUCCGUUUACGCUUGCGCCCUUUCAGCAAAACUAUUCAAUCAACACCUUUUUCUGGUUCUUUGAGGCUCGAGACAACCCAGAGGCUGCACCAUUAACAAUAUGGCUGAACGGUGGACCUGGACAGUCUAGCAUGGUUGGCCUCUUUACCGAAGUAGGACCAUGCAGGGUUGUGCAAGGCUCUAAUGACAGCUACACUACACAGCCCAGGCCCUGGGGUUGGGAUCGCAGUUCCAACAUACUCUUCAUCGAUCAGCCCACUCAGACCGGCUUCUCCUAUGAUGAGCGGGUGAAUGCGUCUAUAGAUUUCAGUAACGAUGAUCCAACAGGAUUGGAUGCCCGUAAGCAGCCAUCACCCCUUCCGACUGAUGUACCUGUCUGGCGCUUCAAAAACGGGACGUUCGCUUCUGGUCUUACUACAAACACUGAAGACUUGACUGCCAUUGCCGCCAGAUCGACCUGGCACUUCCUGCAAGGUUUUCUCUCCGCUUUCCCUCAGUACAAUCCAGGGGUGCAUCCUGAUAGUGAUGUUGUCGAGUCUGCUGCUAUCAAUCUGUUUGCCGAGAGCUACGGGGGCAUGUAUGGCCCCAUCUUUGCAGAUUUCUUCGAAGCUCAAAAUGAGGGAAGAAAAGAUGGAAAGGUACCAAGCGAUGCAUUGGAGAUCCGUGUGGGUUCAGUAGGCAUUGUUGAUGGUGUCUUGGAUGUUAUAACAACCACAACAUCAGGCCUGGAAUUUGCAUACAACAACACAUAUGGUAUCGAAGGCAUCAACAUUACAACCUACGAGAAUGCAAUAGCGGCAGUCAACGGAGAGAUGGGCUGCAGGGAUCUGAUAACGCAAUGUCGUGUGCUUGCAGCAAAGAACGAUCCCGAUAAUCUCGGUACCGAUGAGGACACUAACAAGCUUUGCGCAGGUGCUCUACUAACCUGCCAAUUGGCUGUUUUGCCUGUCAUGGCUAUCGGCAGAAGCGUUUAUGACGUGCGAGUGGAGCCUCAGGUUGGGCCGGCUGCCUCCUAUGUAGAAUAUCUGAAUGAUGCCAGGGUUCUACAGUCCAUCGGCGCUUCAGUCAACUUCACCUCAAAUAGCAUUACUGUUGAGAAUUCUUUCAAUUUCAACGGAGAUGCUGCUCGUGGGACGCAGCUGACCUCUCUGGCGCGCUUGCUCGCUCGUGGCAUCAAGGUGGCCUUAAUAUACGGUGACGCAGAUGUCCUAGGCAACUGGUAUGGAGGCCAGAAUGGAUCCCUCGAGCUAUCUAGUCUUGUUCCAGGGUACGAUACCGCAUUCCCAGCUGCUGGCUAUGCCGAUAUCGUUGUCAAUCCAUCUUACGUUGGCGGAGCCGUGCGUCAAUAUGGCAACCUUUCAUUCUCUCGAAUCUACGAUGCUGGUCACCAGGUACCCUAUUACCAACCAGAAACCGCAUUUGCUGUCUUCAGUCGGACCAUUCAAGGUCGUGACAUCAGCACGGGUCGCGAGGCUGACUUGUCAACGUUUGCAACCGAAGGACCCAACACUUCUGAUCAUAAGAAUGUGGUGCCGCCUCAGCCAGACUCAGCCUGCUGGAUCAGAGACGCCGUUUCUACUUGUAAAGAAGAAGAAUGGGCUGCUAUUCGCCAGGGCAAGGGUACAGUCAAGAACGGCAUAUGGAUGCCUUCAGAAAGCAUCGAAGCAUUUGAGAAAACGUCGGGAAUUUCGUCACUACAACAAAGUUUCCUACUCCGCCUCUUCCGUCGCGACGCACCUCCAGAACAAGGGAAAAGGGGCAAGAGAAAUACAAAGAUGGUCAUCAUUGGGGGAGUUUCUGCGGCGGUUGCGUUUCUGUUGUGA